UAGAUCUUAUACAACUGUUUGUCUUUUAUAAAGGAAGAUAUUAAAUGAAAAAACAUCUAAACCAUGUGAAAAACAAAUUGUUUUAUUCUUUUACGUAAGUGAUACGACUGUUAGAUUGUAUCAUUACAUUUCCUGUUGACUUUUUAACCUCUCCAGUCAUCUCACUUGACACAGCUAAAGACCACAGAGAUACAUGUGUCAGUGUUGUGCUCAGCUGCAGUUUUAAUAAAGGGUAUGUAUAUAUUUCUUUUAUCGCCAUGAGCACAUUAAACAUUCACUAUGGCCGCACAGAUUUAUGCUGGGGCAAUCUGAUUUUUUCAGACCUGCUGUUGGUCAUUAUCAUCUCUUACUUUCAUCUUGCCAUAAUUCAUAUCCUAAUGAGUAGAGUUGUUAAUCACAGCUGGUGUGUCAUGUGUUGCAUUUGAAAACAGCAAACUUAAUUUACGUCAGCAACCACAACCAGAGUUUCCUGUUCCAUACUAGCUCCCCUCACGUAGCACAAAUGAACAGCACAUAAGGACAUGUUCACUGCUUGGCUGCAAUACUUCAUAAAGGACCAAAAAGAACGUCUUUUCUCAUCAUGAACACAUCAAACAGCACCACAGAAGAUGAACAGGUUUACGCUGGGGUCUUUGGCUGCGUGAUGGUGAUAGGUCUACCUCUCAAUGCAGUUGCACUGUGGAUUCUUCUUCGCCGCCACAGCCUUAAAUCACCCCACGCUGUCUUCAUGGUCAACCUGGCAUUCUCAGACCUGCUACUCAUCAUCUCUUUGCCCAUGAGGAUCUACUUUCAUGCCACAGGCACCUGGCCUCUGAGCAAUAUGGCGUGCCUCAUCAUUACAAUGCUCUUUCGCGACAACAUCCGUUCCAGCGCUAUGUUUAUCACCUUCAUCAGUGUGGACAGAUUGCUGGCUGUGGUUUAUCCUCUGAGGUCACGCCAUUUAAGAACCUCGUCCAAUGCCUGGAAAGGAGCAGCAUCCGUCUGGAGUUUUAUGCUGGUGGUGAAUAUCCCAGAGAGUUUGGACUUUCUAGAACAUUUGCAGGACCACACUCAACCUACCUGUUUUAAAUCUUAUGACUCUUACGAGCUUUUAUUGAGUAAAACUCGAUUAGCAGUUAUUUACCUUCAGAUUGUGUUAUUGGUCACAAUGCUAACAGUCAACAUUGUUUGCACCAUUAUGGUGUCUUGGACUCUGCACAGACAUCUCAGUGACUCUGCAAAGGUCAGCAACAAGAUGAAAGUUAUGCUAAUCUUUGUCAUGAACUUGGUUUUGUUUGCCAUGUUCUUACCUGUGCCUAUAGGAAUGGCUGCACAUGGCAAAGAAAUCAUGCCGCUGGUGUGUCUUACUGUUUCUAACUGCUGUUUGGAUCCUCUGCUGUAUUACUUUUCUUUUGACUCCUUUUGGAAGAAAAACGAGAACUGUAGAUAAAAGACCUCCUAUUUCCAAAAGUUGGUAUUAGAUUUACAAUGGGAUCUAUAUUUUCUAAGAGGAACAACGUGUUUGUUCACAAACUUUUCUGUAGUUCAACAAUUUGUAUGGCUACACCAAUAAACCAACAUUAACAUGUUUGUGAAGCUUUGCGUGUGAGACAGAUGGUGAAAAGGCUAGUUGAAGUAGUGGUUUUGUGUUUCAUUUAGACCUAUGCUGCAGCAUGACAGCGUCAACCAUCAAAAGAAUGGUUGCUGUACUAGAAACUGACGCUUAAAAAAAGACAGCUGCAAAGCUUUUUUUAGUUUACACAUUCAAGAGGUUACUACUUGUUGUCAGCUUAAGAACUUCAAGCAAUAUCCUUUGUUAAUUUUUUCACUUUUAGUUUGACUAUUUGGAUCUAUUCAUGUGCAAAGUUUAGUGCGCUUCUGUUAUUUUUCUCCUAAACCCUUCUCUUGGAUGAUUUUUCUAAAAAAGAAAACAAAAACAAAACUAACUGCUUGUCUUUUUCAAGUAGUUGAAAAAGACAGUGUGAGAAAAGGGUGUUGAUUGAGAGCCUAUUUUACAUUUUGCUCAUUGUUCAGUUGAGGAAGCAGACUGUUUUCAUCUGCUAGAGAGCUAAAGAAAAAAAACAUCAUGGUUUGUCCUCCGGAAGUCACUGCUGCAGUACAAGAUACAGUAGGGCACAGGUUACAAACCACAUUUUAACAGAAAUGUUUCAACUUUUCAUUGCAAGGCUUGUUCAAUACAACAUCGUCUCCUAUGCUGCCUUUAGCAGCUUGCAACAUCUGCCCGCUGUGGUUUAUUCUCUGAGGUCAACUUCAAACCUAUUUCUGUGUCUGAAAUGGAGCUGCACACGCCUGGCUGAUCUUGCUGGUGGGGAAAAUCACAGAGGGUGUGAGGUUUCGAAAGCAGUUAAGCAAUUUUGAACUUUCUCAGGGCUCUAAGCAUCAUGAACAGAUUCUUGCUGCAACAUCAAAGUGUCAUAAUUUGGCUGUGGAGUGGGCAUGGAGUGGACCCACGUACAGGACAUAUUGCUGAUGCUAACCUAAACUGAUACUAACUCAGGGAAGUAAGAAAUCGGGAACUUAUAAACUAAGGAACUACGAGGAAAAUGGGGAACACACAAGGCAAAUGACACACAGCAUUAAGGGACAACAUGACAAAGAAUUGAGGAGAAUUUAGAGCGUAAAUACACACGAGGUCGCAAAGCAGAGUGGAUUCACCUGGGGAACACAGCUUGGCAGACUCUAACUAGUGUGACAAGGGGAAGCAAAACUAAACAUGACACACAUGAGACGGGGGACUGUCAAAACAGAACAGGAAACAUGAUACUGAGACAGAGACAAAGACACAGACGAAAAGAUAAACAGACACAGAGACACGACUUACUUGACAUAACUAAACAGCGAGACCAGAAAACAACAGAAAGAGAUUAUAGACAGAGAGACAUAGGACACAACUGGGGAACAAACAGAGAUCACAAAGAGAACUAACAAAAUUAUAAUAAACAAAAGCUAGAAAAGGCACAAAAACACUAAAGUGUGUGCCUGAGGCAAAAAAAAACCCUAACCCAAAACUACCAUCAGAAGACUAAAGACCUAAAUAUAAAUCAUUUCUUAAAAGCAAAACAAAUCAUUAACUCAAAAGAAAAACUCAAAACCGUGGAUCCAGGACCUAAGGACCCUGACACAAAGUUUCAAACGCAAAAAAACAAACAAUCCAGGCUGUUUUAUUCAGUAUUCAUGCACUAAUUAGUACAUUCACUAAUAAUUUAAAACAUUUUAGGAAAUAAGCUUACUUGAGACAAACAUGAUGUCUUAAGUUCAAAUUUUUAUGGCAAAUACAAAUACAGAAGCAUAAAUAUGGUACAAAAACUGGAAUAGGAGAGACACCCAUUUAGUAUUAAAUGUAAAAAUGAUCUAAAUGUUUGGCCCUGUGGGAAACACUUGUUUGUUUUCUUGCAGAACCACAGCAUGAGUUGGUUUGUUUUUUUCUACUUGCUGCUAAAAAAACAGAAGAGUCAAACUCAGCACCUUCUUGUUGUGAGGUAACGGUGCUAACCACUGUGUCACCGUACCCCCCCACAAAAUAUACAAACAUUUUUCAUAUGCAAUAUGAACUUGACUGUUAAUCAGCUUAUAUCACCAUAAAUAACCAUAGUAAAAUUUCCAUAAUUGAUAACCUAUUGCAAUAAGCCAGCCACAGAGUGCUGACCCACACAGGUGUGCACACGGGCAUACGCUGUUCAUAGACACAAACUACACCUAUCUUGGCUGCUACCUCAAAGCACA